GAUACUGAACCCGACCAUAAAUUAGCAAGAAAAUGGGAAGCAGAACGUUCGAGGAAACAGAUAUAUCUUCACCAACCGACAAUUAUGGAGAUUGGGACCGCAAGUGGAACCGUAAAUAAUGGGAUCAUCAGCGGAACUGUGAACAAUGGGACCAUAAGUUGCGGAACCUUUGACGCAAAAUUUUCGUCGAAAAGGACCAACGAGAAUGAAGAUGAUCACGAAGAGUUACAGAAUAAACGAACAAGAAUGGACGGUGAGAAUCCUCAACCAAUUUUUCAUGUUCAAAUCCCUCCUCCUCGUAUUGUCGCCCCACCACCACGAACUCCCGAACAUCAAAUAUUUUCGUCGGAUUCUUUCGUCCUCUCAACCACAUGCGAAGGUGACGAAACUGAUAGUGAUGAUAACUUUGAUGCAGAUACUAACGACAAUCCCGGAGAAAAUAUUUCCGAACUAUUUAUCUCAUAUCGUUCUAAAGUAUUGCAAAUGGCACAAGCGACAGGCUUAUCAAUUGCAACAGAUUAUCGUGAAAUAUUGAGCUUGUCCCAUAUUUUACUAUUACAAGCUGACAAUUUCUCGGACCUGCAGGUCCAGGAAUUUUCAAGAGAUACUUUAGAACGAUUACAAAAAAGCACGCGUAAUGCAUAUGCGAAGAAAACGAAAGUCGCACCCAGUGUAAAGGCAGUAUUUCGAGGGUAUAUCGAGACUAUUCUUGAUGAGGAUCUCGGAUUGAAAGAGGCGAAAAAGGCUGUAAUAAGAACAUUCGCAAAGUCUUUUGAAGAUCCCGCUGAUCAGGAAAAAUUCGACAGGAUGCAGAUUGUCUUUUUGCAAUUAAUGGAAAAUAUACCCAUUAGUCCACUAAAUGAUCUUAUCAGCGAGGGCACACUGACCGUCAAUAUAAUUAGUCCAAUAUUAAGAUCUUUCUUUCACGAUGCUACCAUUCAUCCUACCACGUGGCCUAACACUGCUAGCAUGAGUGCAAAGGCACGUAAGCUUGCUAACUUAGAUCCUUCGCGUGCAAAGCAACCAGAUAUGGUUGGUAAGAUUGUGAAUAACAAAAAAUCUAAAUACGAAUUUAUGUUUGGAGAGAUUACGGGAGAAGGGAAAAACAAUAAUAUGAAGAAAAAUAACUUGGACCUUAUCAGACUAGGCAUUUUUAUGAAGGAUGCUCUUGAUCUCCUCAUUAAAAAUACAAGAAAGGAUCAUAUGGUUUUCGCGUGGCAAGCGAUUGUGACAUUAUGGACAGGAUACGUUAUGGUUUUAACUGCUUCGGGGCUCUACAUUAUGAUCGAUAUUGGACAAAUUGAUCUUCCCAAGUCCUUUCAAAACUGCGGACAAUUUAUUGAUAAUAUUGAUAAAUUAUUUACAUUCACGGAAAAAUAUAAAUAUGAAGUACAAAUGCUUCGUGAUGAUAUUAACAAAAAGAAAAAAGACGCCGAUAUCCCUGUAGAAAUUAUCAAUUGGUGUCGAGCCACACUGGGAACGCCACAAUUUAAGGAAAUAAUCAAGAAACUAAAAUAUCUUGGACCACCAUCUAAGACACGCCGACCUGAUUUUCUUAAAACUUUAGAACACCCUAAAGGAUUAGAACUUGAUAUUCCCUAUUAUGAUCAUGGCUUUGCAAUUGAAGUACAAGGUGUACAGCAUGAAAAAUAUCACGAAUUUUUUCAUAAAGGAAAUCUUAAUAAUUUUAUUAAACAGCAAGAGCGGGAUCAACUUAAGAAAAAAUUAUGUGAAGAAAAUGACAUAUAUCUUUUUCACAUAUGGUAUAAUGAUAAAGAUCCUGAAAAGAUUAUUCAACAAGAACUAUGUGUACUAGGACUUAUUAACUAA